CUAACAUCCUCAAUACGAGUCGAAGAGUAGAACAACACACCAAGAUUAAUCGAUUCAAUAGGAUGCAGUCACCCAAAACCAUCCUUGUGACAGGAGCUUCUGGCUUCGUAGCCGCUCAUAUCAUUGAAGCUUUUAUCUCCGCAGGUUAUCAUGUCCGAGGCUCAGUUCGCUCUGAAGCUACAGCAGAGAAGGUCAAGCGUACAUUUCCACUAUAUGACCGACAACUAAGCUUUGCCAUUGUCCCUGACAUUGUCAAGGACGGUGCCUUCGAUGAAGCAGUCAAAGAUGUCGAUGGGAUUAUGCAUACGGCUUGUCCAGGCGCGAUUGAAACAGACAAUAAUGAGCAGGAUAUUGUGCAGCCUGCUAUCAACGGAACUAUCAACAUCCUCAAGUCCGCUCAUAAGCACGCACAUCAAGUCAAACGUAUAGUCAUCACCUCUUCCUUCGCUUCCAUGAUCGACAUGUCCAAAGGUGCCUGGCCCGGUCAUGUGUACUCCGAAAGCGACUGGAACCCCAUGACCUAUGAACAGGCUGUGAGCGAAGGCACAUCGAGUGUGGAAGCGUACCUUGCCGCAAAGAAAGUGGCAGAGCGUGCUGCAUGGGACUUUGUCAGAGAUGAGAAUACUUCCUUUGAUCUCGUGACCAUUCUGCCGCCUAUGAUUUACGGUCCUAAUAUCAACGCUACCCAUGUUUCGCAAUUGAACAUCACCUCGGCUGACGUAUACCGGUUGAUGUCUCCGGAUGCGAAGCCAAGUGAUCCCAUACCUGACAAUGGGUUCUGGUCUUGGGUCGAUGUAAGAGAUGUUGCGCAGGCCCAUUUGAGAGCGUACGAAAUUUCAGAGGCUGGCGGCGAGCGUUUCUUUAUCUCUCAGAAGGCCUGGCUCGGGGUUCGGAGGCGCUGAAUUGUAUACACCUGACGCCGG